UAAAGUUUAGUUUCGGAACCGGAUAGCCGGAAGAAAAAUGGAGGAAGAAAGAAACUACGGCCCGAAAGUGCUGCCCACCAGAUUGUGGCUGCCCGACGCCCGAUUGGAUCCCGAUGCCGAAAUCAGUCCUUUGUUCAAAUGCGUCAGAGGAAGAGAGGAAUAUCCGCCGAUAUUCGCGAAAAACACGUGGACCAAAGGCGUGCUUGCCAAAGAUACGCAAAUGUACUUCAAGCCAACGGAGACCAUCGGGACGAUUUUCUCGCCGGAAGCGCAAAAUUUGAGAAUCCAAGACAUGUCGAGAAAGAAGAAAAAGGAGCCGAUGAAAAUUUUCGGGAAAGACGGUAGAUUGGCUUAUCCUCCGGUUCAGCAAAGAGAGCUGGGUUCUGAGGCUAAGAUAGCGGAGAAUAAGCGAAAGGAGCAAUACAAGGGGUUGGUGCAUAUGGUAGAUUUGUUGUCGGGCGAUUAUCACAGAAGAAAAAAGGAGGAAAUGAAUUUGAAGAAGAAGAAGGCAAAAAUGAGAAAGAAAAUGGACGCCCUAAAAAUGGAGGGUUAUCCCAAAGAGAAAGAAAAAGAAAGGGGACAGAUGAAAUUAUUGGAGGCGAUACUACCUAGAGACCCCGAUGAACAAAAGUUGUAUUUGCUCAGUGUCGUCGAGGGCGAAAUGAAAAUCGUCAUCAAAGAAAUGGACAUAGAACGAAUGAUGUAUUAUUUAACAGAGGGUAUAGAUGCCGAAGAUCUUCCACCGUUCGACAACGAACUGUUUACUUGCAUAAACUCCAGGAUCCCGCACAAGUUUAAAAUUUUGAAAUACUACGGCAAAAUCCAUGCGAUUUUGGUAAAGGAAGUGCAUAAGUACCAUUGCGCUUACAUGAGAGAGCACAUCCUGCGGUACGUCCUAAAAAGCCCGGCCGAAAGAAAAAGGUUACAGUUUCAAACAUUUCCGAUAAUCGAGUUUCCUACGUUGUUGAUACGAGCCCCAGUGCCCUGGCACACGCAAGUGGUUCUCGGAAAGCAGUUCAUGGAAAAGCAUUAUUUCAAUGGAAACAUUGUCGUUAGAAAAAUUCGCGAUCUCUGGUGGAAGCGAUACGGCGAUAUGUAUUUGAUACCGGAGACGAUGUUCAUACAGGAACACCGGCCCACCUUGACUCCCUACGAAUUCGAAGAGACGGCCCUAAAGCGCUGCAACGACAUUAGAAACGGCCUCAUCAACGACUGGUUCCCGACGUGCGCCGACAUAUUCCUGGAGUACAAGAACGCUUGGAGAAAAUACAUACCGAUAACGUUGACGGACACUCCCGUGUUCGUCGAACGCUUCUUCAAUUGCGUCAAUUUGUUGCUGUCGCUGCAGCUGCGCGGACUCGUCAUGAAGAGCCUGCAGCACUACAGGGAUAUUUUCAUUCAGUUUAAGCAUGGCAACGAUUUCGGAGACGAGUACCACGAUCAGAUGGUGUUUAACACGCCUAUAGUGACAUUGAUCGUGCAAGCUGUGAAAGGGAAGGCGGAGCUGAUUUUCGAUCCGUCUUUCGACGAAAUUAGCAAGAUGAUCGAGCGGGUGUACGCCAAAAUGUUGGAAAUACAUCGGAACUUAUUGAAAAUCGAGAUUAUACUGUUUCCUGAAUUCGCCAAGUUUAAUCGAUACUUGUCCGAAAUCUCGAACACCGAGCCCGUUUUGCAAAUUUAUAAGGACGAAAUCAUCGAAUCGUUCUAUCCAAAUGCUAUCGGUCCUCAAAAGUACCUUAAAAUGUACGAUAGCUACGCUUAUAUAUUAGACGGGACGGCCGCGGCUGAUUUGGAGGCUUUCAUGAAAACCGAUCCCUUUCUAAAGGAAUACAGGAAAAAAAUCGCCUAUUACGAAACCCUAAAGGACGAAUUGAUGUAUUUGAGGAACGUUAUUCCCAUGAACUUGUUCAAUUUGGACUGCAGCGAAUUGAACAAAACUCUAUUUAACGCCGCGGACGGAUUUAAAAAUACCAUUAUCAAUCAUUUUGUCCAAUUGAACAGGAACCUAAAUCGAGAAAUAUGCAGUACAUUUGACGAUAUAUCAGACAGAGCCAGCGGUUCUCCUGAAACCGUCGUUGAAAUAGUUGGACUGCAAGUUUUCGUUACCGAAUCGAGAGACAUUACCAUGUACAACGUCAAAGAAAAAAUAAGGAAGACCGUUGAAAUUUUGCUUUUCUUGAUAGACUACGCUCACCUCUCCGAUGAGGAUAUAGCGCUGAACACGCGAGUAUUCCAGUGGCCCAAGGACAUGGACAUCAUCAUAGAAGUAUCGCUGGAUAGGUUGAGCAUCAAACGCGACCAGGCCGAGCUCGUGUUGAAGCAAAAGCGCGUGGCUUUCGACAAAAAAAUCAAAAAGGUCGAAAAGAUGUUGAACGUGUUCAAGAAGAAGGAUCCUCCCAUUUUGACUUUAGACGAAAUGGAAGACGCCGUAGUAGACAUCGAACGUAUCGUAAAGGUGCUAUCCGAAUGUAAAGUCGAAGCUGAUAAUAUAAACGAGGAGGAGCAGCUGUUGAACUUGGACGUUUCGCCUUACAUGAGCCUAGGCAAGAUGUUGACCAGCGCCGAUUCCUUCGACAAACUCUGGCAUACUGUAUACGAGUUCCAUUUAAAUUACGAUACAUGGUAUUAUGGACCGUUCAAAGGCUUGGAUGCAGACGAAAUCGCAGAAUACACGGACAGCGUUUGGAAAGUACUAUAUAAAUUGCUGAAAGCAUUAUCAGACAAUCCGGGAGCAAAGCGAGUGGCCGAAAUGACCAAAGCGAAAGUGGAGAAAUUCAAACAGUUCGUGCCAGUGUUACAAUGCGUUUGUAACAAAGGUUUGCAGAAAAGACAUUGGGAUAAGAUUAGUGAAAUCGUCGGUGUACCUCUAGUCAUCACCGACGAAUCGACUUUGAAUGAAAUGAUCGAAGCCGGCAUGCCCAAAUUCAUAACGCAGCUCGAAGAAAUCAACGGCGGCGCUACCAAAGAGCACGCACUGGAAGAAGCUCUCUCUAAGAUGAAGAAAGAAUGGGUCGACAUCGAAUUCGAAUUAUUGCCGUACAGAGAUACCGGCGUUAGUAUACUAAUGGCAAUAGAUGACAUUCAAGUAAUGAUGGACGAUCAUAUUCUGAAAGCGCAGACGAUGAGAGGUUCUCCAUACGUCAAGGCGUUUGAAGAAGAAAUGGCCUCUUGGGAAACGAAAUUGCUGUCGAUGCAAGACAUAAUAGAACAGUGGUUGAUGUGUCAAUCGGUUUGGAUGUAUUUGGAACCGAUUUUCAGCUCCGAAGAUAUUAUGAGGCAAAUGCCUACGGAGUCGAGGAAUUUCAAAAUGGUCGACAGAACAUGGAGAGCCAUUCAAGCCAAUACUUUGAAGGAUACGCACGUUUUGGCCGCCACUGAUUUCAAAAAUAUGCUGCAGCUUUUGAAGGAAAAUAACAAGCUCCUGGACGACAUCCAGAAAGGUUUGAACGAUUAUUUGGAGAAGAAACGGCUGUUCUUUCCCAGAUUCUUCUUCUUGUCUAACGACGAAUUACUGGAAAUACUCUCUGAAACAAAAGAUCCGCUACGUGUACAACCACAUCUUAAGAAAUGCUUCGAGGGCAUUAAUACUUUAGAAUUCAACAGAGAACAAGAGAUACUUGGAAUGGUGAGCGUCGAAAAGGAGAGAGUACCGUUUUCUGUAAAGAUCCUUCCAGCUGAAGCCAAGGGAAUGGUGGAGAAAUGGCUGAUCCAAGUCCAAUACGUCAUGAUACAGUCGCUGAAGGAUGUAAUGAGAGACUCGAUUGUAAACUUCCCGCAAGUCGACCGAGAAACUUGGAUACUAUCGUGGCCCGGUCAGAUCGUUCAAUGCGUGAAUUGCAUCAUUUGGACGACCGAUGUAACAGAAGCGAUAUUCAAGAGCACUUUGGAGAAACAGGAGCAAGCGUGUUUGGACCAAAUCGAACAAAGCGUCAAAAUGGUGCAAGGUAAAUUGAAGCCCAACAACCAGAUGACCGUUGAGGCUUUGAUCGUCAUCGACGUACACGCCAAAGACAUCGUGAACAAUUUGAAGCAAUUAAAAGUAACAUCAGUUGCCGAUUUCAAUUGGAUAUCCCAGUUACGGUACUAUUGGAAAGACAUGGUAGUUGGAGUGUGUAUGAUUACCACUGAAAUUAUGUACGGAUUCGAAUAUUUGGGUAACUUCGGUCGAUUAGUAGCCACCCCGCUCACGGAUAGAUGUUACAGAACUCUAAUGGGAGCUCUUAAGUUGAAUCUAGGAGGUGCCCCGGAAGGGCCGGCGGGUACCGGCAAAACGGAAACCUGCAAGGAUUUGGCCAAAGCGGUGGCUAAGAAAUGCGUGGUAUUUAAUUGCUCCGAUGGUUUGGAUUACAAAGCCCUAGGAAAAUUCUUUAAGGGAUUGGCACAAUCGGGAUCAUGGGCUUGCUUCGACGAGUUCAAUAGAAUAGAAUUGGAAGUACUGUCGGUCGUGGCCCAGCAAAUUUUGACCAUUCAAAUGGCGGUGGCCGCCAAAUUGACGAAAUUCAUUUUCGAAGGGACCGAAUUGACUUUGGAUUGGAGUUGCACCUGUUUCAUUACAAUGAAUCCCGGUUACGCAGGGCGACAAGAAUUACCAGAUAAUUUGAAGGUACUGUUUCGAACCGUCGCUAUGAUGGUACCCGAUUACGCCAUGAUUGGCGCUAUUUCAUUGUUUUCGUACGGAUUCGUUCAAGCUAACAGCUUGGCUCAAAAGAUCGUGCACACUUACAAACUUUGUUCUGAGCAACUGUCGUCUCAAAAUCACUACGACUACGGAAUGAGAGCGGUAAAAUCAGUCUUGAUAGCGGCCGGAGCGUUGAAAAGGGAGUACCCGCACGUAUCCGAACCGCAAAUCGUCCUGCGCUCCAUCAUCGAUGUUAAUUUGCCCAAAUUCCUCGCCCAAGAUAUAGCUCUAUUUGACGGUAUAAUUUCCGACCUGUUUCCCAACAUCGAAAUACCGAAAUUCGAGAGAUCGGAACUAAUUGUAUGCCUGGAGGCAGAAAUCGAGAAGAAGAAUCUGCAAGCCACCGAGUGGUAUAUGGAAAGGGUGAUGCAAGUGUACGAAAUGAUUUUAGUCAGGCACGGAUUGAUGGUGGUCGGCAAACCUAUGGGUGGAAAAACUAAAGCUUAUCAGUGCUUGGCGUUGGCUCUGCGAGCUUUGGCGAACACACCAAACGCUUACCUAGUGGAGCACGACGUCCUGUACAAAGUAAUCAACCCGAAGGCGAUCUCGAUGGGUCAGUUAUACGGCCAGUUCGAUCCCACGACGCACGAAUGGUCCGACGGGGUUUUGGCGAAUACGUUUAGAGAGUACGCGAUCAGUCCGACCAGCGAUAGAAAGUGGAUACUCUUCGACGGUCCAGUGGACGCCGUGUGGAUCGAAAACAUGAAUACAGUAUUGGACGACAACAAGAAAUUGUGCCUCAUGUCCGGGGAAAUUAUUCAAAUGUCACCUCAAAUGAACCUCAUAUUUGAGCCGGCCGAUUUGGAGCAGGCCUCUCCGGCGACGGUGUCCAGGUGCGGUAUGAUAUACUUCGAGCCGCACUUGCUCGGCUGGAAGCCGUUUAUGCGAUCGUACUUGAACACUUUGAGCAACUUACUGCUUCCCGAGCAACUGGAGUUGCUCAACGAGUGCUUGGAAUGGUUGGUGCCGGCUUGCUUGGAGCAGGUCAACAAAUCGAGAAAGUUCGUCGAAACCUCCGACAUUCAUCUCUUCUACUCUUUUACGCGUCUCUUCACUUGCAUGUUACGAGAUGAAACGCAAGUGAGUACCGUCUGGUUGCAAUGCAUGUUCGUGUUCUGCUUGUGCUGGGGUCUGGGCUCCACGCUCACAUCGGAAGGUAGAAAGCAAUUCGACGUGUUCUAUCGAAAACUUUUGGCCGGCGAGAACAAGAAGCAUCCGAAAAGCAAGUCGUUCAAGCUGUCCAAAAACCAGCUGUUCCCGGAAAGGUCCGUGUGCUUCGAUUUCGUUUACGACAAGAAGAACAACGGCACUUGGAUAAAUUGGACGGAAACUAUUGAAAAAAUAGAAAAGAUACCGAUAACUGCGAAACCUAGCGAAUUGAUCAUUCAAACGAACGAGUCUUGCUUGAUGAAGUUCUUUUUGAGAAUUUGCCUGGAAAAUGGUAUACCUAUAAUGUUUAUCGGGCCGACUGGCACAGGAAAAUCGGCCGUGGUGAUUGAACACAUGUUAAGCAUGCCCAGGGAAGGUUUUACUCCUAAUAUAGUAAACUUUAGCGCCAGAACAUCUUCCAGUUUAACUCAAGAAAUGGUAAUGUCAAAACUGGAUAAAAGAAGAAGAGGUGUGUAUGGUCCUGCAAUGGGAAAGCAAUGCCUGCUUUUCGUAGACGAUUUGGGAAUGCCUCAAAAAGAGCAAUGGGGUGCCCAGCCUCCAGUGGAGUUGCUCCGGCAUUACCUCGACCACGGAUAUUGGUUCGCCAAAGACACGACUAUGUUGUAUUUAGUCGAUAUAUUGUUUGUAGGAGCUAUGGGAGUACCCGGGGGCGGUAGAAACGAAGUAACCGACAGGUUUUUAAGACAUUUACAGAUCAUCACCAUCGACUCGUUCGACGACAACACUUUAGCGAAAAUAUUUACAACGAUCUUGGAUUGGCACUUUUCCAAAGGCUACGUAGAUGAUGUAGCUCGACUAUCAAAGUUUUGCGUGGCAGCGACUACGGAAGUGUACAAAAUGGCGAUUAACAAAUUUUUACCGACUCCUGCUAAGUCUCAUUACACGUUCUCUUUGCGAGAUUUUUCCAGGGUGAUUAUGGGUCUUCUGUUCACACCGCCGGCGAUGAUGGAUAAUCCCGAUAAGUUUAUCAGAAUGUGGAUUCACGAAUCGUACAGAGUGUUCCACGAUCGAUUAAUCGAUGACGCUGAUAGGCUUAUGCUUUUCGAAAUCGUCAAAAAUGCAUCUUAUAACGGAUAUAGACAGCCCAUGAACAAAGUAUGCGCCAAUAUAAUCCCAGAGGACGGCAUUUUAGGGCCUCACACAGUGAGAAAUCUAUUUUAUGGCAACUACAUAAAUCCCGACGCUGAUAUCAAAAUUUACGACGAAAUUACCGAUAUGGAUGAUUUGAUAGAAAAAAUGAAUUUCUAUCUAUCCGAAUACAAUCUCAUAUCUAAGAGCCCGAUGAACUUGGUGAUGUUCAAGUUCGCCAUAGAACACGUCUCUAGAGUAUCGAGGGUGUUGAAUCAACCGAACGGCAAUGUAUUAUUAGUCGGUGUUGGAGGAUCCGGACGACACAGCGCCGCUAAACUGGCCACUUUCAUGGCCGAUGAUGCCAUUUUCGAGAUUGAACUCUCCCGUACCUAUGGUACAAUCGAUUGGAGGGACGACUUGAAAAGAUUGUUAAUGCGAGCCGGAUUGGAAGGUAAACCUAUCGUGUUCCUUUUCGCCGAUACGCAAAUAUCAGACGAAGGUUUCAUCGAAGAUGUCAACACGAUUUUAAACACAGGCGACGUGCCCAACUUGUACACGCCCGAUGAAAAGGCCGACAUAUUGGACAAGAUUCAAAACAUAUUGAGAGAAAGCGGUGUUAAAAAAUUUGACGCUACGCCAUUAGCUCUUUACACGGCUUUUAUCGAGAGAAUCAGGGGAGCUCUACAUUUAGCUCUGUGUUUCUCACCUAUCGGAGAAUCUUUCCGUGUUAGAUGCAGGAUGUUUCCUUCGUUGAUCAACUGUUGCACGAUCGAUUGGUUUCAAAAUUGGCCCGACGAUGCUUUGGAAAUGGUGGCUCAAAGUUUUCUCGGUCAAACCGACAUAUCGCCGGAGAUGACCUCCAUUUGCGUCGACAUUUGCAAGCUAUUCCACGUCACAACACAGGAAUAUUCCGACCGAUUCUGGCUGGAACAAAGACGCAAAACCUACGUCACUGCUACGGCGUUUUUGGAAUUGAUCCAGACUUUUAAGGCGCUGUACGCGCUGAAAGUUUACCAAAUCAACAUGCAACGAAACAGAUACGAAAUGGGACUGGAAAAGCUCGACUUCGCAGCCGGCCAAAUUGGCCUGAUGCAGCUCGAAUUGCACAACUUGCAACCCCAGUUGGUCAUCGCAUCGGCCAAUACCGAAAAAUUGAUGGUGAAAAUCGAGCAGGACGCUGUUAUAGUCGAAAAACAGAAAGAGAUUGUAGGGGCAGAUGAGGCAUUGGCCAACGAAGCUGCCGCAGCAUCGCAGGCCAUCAAAGACGAUUGCGAAUCGGAUUUAGCGGAAGCCAUUCCAGCCCUCGAGGCGGCAGUAGAGGCCUUAAAUACGCUGAAACCGGCCGAUAUUACUGUCGUAAAAUCCAUGAAAAAUCCACCGUCGGGUGUAAAACUUGUGAUGGAAGCCGUUUGCGUAAUGAAGCAAGUGAAACCAGAUCGAAAACUGGACCCCUCGUCGGGAAAAAUGAUCGACGACUACUGGUCAUCGUCGGUGAAAGUCUUGGGCGACAUGAAAUUCCUCGAGAGCUUGAAGAACUACGAUAAAGACAACAUACCGCCGAGCGUGAUGAAGAAAAUUCGCGAAAGGUACCUACCGGACAGGGAGUUCGAUCCCGUUAGGAUCCAAAGCGUUUCCGCCGCCUGCGAGGGUCUGUGCAAAUGGGUGCGAGCCAUAGAAGUCUACGACAGGAUCAUUAAAAUCGUCGCUCCCAAGCAGAAGGCUUUGGCUGCCGCCGAGGCGGAAUUAGCCGUCCAAAUGGACAAACUGAAUUCUAAAAGAGCUCAGUUACAAGAGGUAGCCGAUAAGCUGCAAGCGUUAAACGACGAUUUCGCCGCCGAAAUGAAAAAGAAAAAAGACCUGGAGGACGGCAUCGAUCUCUGCGGUCAGAAACUGGAGCGAGCCGAGAAGUUGAUUGGAGGUUUGGGCGGCGAAAAGGUUCGUUGGUCUGAAAUAGCGGCGAAUUGUAAGGUUCUGUUACACAAGGUCAUCGGCGACGUACUUCUCUCGGCCGGUACUAUCGCCUAUUUGGGACCUUUCACCGUUAACUACAGGAAUGAACUCAUAAGACAAUGGAACGACUACUCGUUGGAACAGGGCAUACCUUGCUCUGAUAAUUUUUCUCUGGUGAUUACAAUGGGAGAACCUGUGGUAAUAAGAGCUUGGAAUAUAGCAGGAUUGCCCAUUGAUAACUACAGCGUAGAAAACGGUAUUAUAUCCACAUCGGCGAGAAGGUGGCCUUUAAUGAUAGAUCCUCAAGGACAAGCGAAUAAAUGGGUGAAGAACAUGGAAAAAUCCAACAAGCUCACCGUGAUCAAGCUAACCGACAGCAAUUACGUGAGAAUUCUAGAAAACGCCAUCACCUUCGGUACGCCGGUACUGCUCGAGAACAUCAUUGAGGAAAUCGACGCCAUUCUGGACCCCAUUUUGGUCAAGUCGAUAUUCAAGCAAACGGGCGUUUGGUACAUGAAAUUCGGCGACAACGUCCUCGAAUACAACUUCGAUUUCCGAUUCUACAUCACCACCCGAUUGAGGAAUCCCCAUUACCUGCCCGAAGUGGCCGUCAAAGUCACCUUGGUGAAUUUCAUGCUGACGCUGCAAGGAUUGCAGGACCAAUUGUUGGGCAUCGUCGUGGCGAGAGAAAAGCCCGAAUUGGAGGAGAAAAAGAACGAAAUGAUCGUCGAAAGCGCAAACAACAAGAGAACUUUGAAGGAAAUCGAAGAUAAGAUUCUUGAAGUGCUAUCAUCGUCUGAAGGUAACAUCUUAGAAGAUGAAACGGCGAUAAAAAUCCUAUCUACCAGUAAAGUUCUAUCGGAGGACAUCCAAAUAAAGCAACAACAAGCUGCAAUAACCGAAGUAGAAAUCGACACGGCUCGUAACGGAUACAUCCCCAUCGCAAAACACGCGGCCGUUUUGUUUUUCUGCAUCUCCGACAUGGCCAACAUCGACCCGAUGUACCAGUACUCGUUGAAUUGGUACUUCAACCUGUUCGUCUCUUCCAUAUUGAACAGCCCGAAAUCCGAUAAUCUGGAAAUACGAUUGAAGUAUCUCACCGAUCAUUUGACGCUCAACGUGUACCAGAACAUUUGCAGAUCGCUCUUCGAGAAAGACAAGUUGAUAUUUUCCAUGGUACUAUCGGUGGGAAUACUAAGAGCUCACGGUCAAAUAAACGAGGAAGUAUGGAUUUUCCUUCUAACAGGCGGCGUGGCGUUGGAGAAUCCUUUUCCAAAUCCAUCGCCUGAAUGGUUAACCGAGAAAAGUUGGUCGGAAAUCGUCAGAGCCAGUAAUUUAGAUGGAUUGCACGGUUUUAAAGAGUCAGUUGAAAGCAAUAACGCCGCCUGGAGGAAAUUUUACGACGUGUACAAUCCUAACGAGAUACCUUGUCCGGAACCGUUCCACACCGCUACUGGUUUGAUUAGAUUGAUUUUAUUGCGUUGCAUAAGACCCGAUAAAAUCGUUCCUGCAGUACAAAAUUAUGUGGUGGAAGAGAUGGGCAGAGCUUACCUGGAACCGCCGCAAUUCAACAUAGAAGCAUCCUACAACGACAGCAACAAUUGCUCGCCUUUGGUGUUCAUUUUAUCGCCCGGAUCGGAUCCGAUGGCCGGAUUGAUUCGUUUCGCGGCCGAUAAGGGCAUCGUUAAACAGCAGUUGCAAACGAUCUCGUUGGGUCAAGGACAGGGUCCCAUUGCUGUGAAUAUGAUCAACAUUGGCUUGGAGACCGGCAGAUGGGCUGUGUUGCAGAAUUGCCAUUUGGCCGAGAGUUGGAUGAGAGAACUGGAUCGAAUUUGCACCGAAGUGUUGGUACCCGAAAAUACGCAUCCGAAUUUCAGAUUGUGGUUGACCAGUUAUCCCAGUACCGCGUUCCCUGUCUCUAUCCUACAAAAUGGAGUUAAAAUGACGAAUGAAGCGCCCAAAGGAUUGAGGCAGAAUUUAUUGAGAUCCUACACCUCCGAUCCGAUAUCGGAUUCGAACUUCUUCAAUCAGUGUCCUAAUACUAAAGCUUUUAGACCGUUGUUGUUCUCGCUGUGUUUCUUCCACGCCGUCAUACAGGAACGCAGGAAGUUCGGACCGCUCGGAUGGAACAUCCCCUACGAAUUUAACGAAUCCGAUUUGAAGAUUUGUCUCUUGCAGUUACAGAUGUUCCUCACCGAUUACGUUGAUGUUCCCUACGAUGCUCUAUCGUAUCUAACUGGAGAAUGCAACUACGGCGGACGUGUAACCGACGACAAGGACAGGAGGUUGAUUAUGUCGUUGCUUUCGACAUUUUACGCGCCGGGAGUGGUGCACAAGCCGGGGUACCCCUUUUCGCCCAGCGGUAUUUACGCUGUACCUCUCGAUCCAACUUGGGAGAACUGCUUGGAGUACAUCAAAAGUUUGCCUAUCAACGCUUCGCCUGAGGUUUUCGGUCUGCACGAAAACGCCGAUAUAACGAAGGAUAACCAAGAAACUGCCAAUAUGCUGUCAGGAAUACUGUUGACCCAGGCUCUUGCUGCUGGAGGAGCUGGUGAAGCCGACGCUCAGGCUGCAAUAGUCUACCUAGCUAACGAUAUAUUGAAUAAAAUACCACCGGAAUACGAUUUGGAAGUUAUAAGGGUGCAAUAUCCUGAUAUGUACACCAAUUCUAUGAACACAGUAUUAAAACAAGAAUUAAUUCGAUUCAAUCGUCUGUCGUCGGCAGUAAAGAAAUCGUUGAACGACCUGAUAAAAGCAGUGAAGGGUAUUGUCGUGAUGUCUCACGAAUUAGAACAGACCUACGAAGCACUGGUUAUCGGUAAAGUACCAAACUCAUGGCAAGGAAAAAGUUAUCCUAGUUUGAAACCGCUGGGAUCCUACGUUAACGAUCUACUCGCGAGACUGGCGUUUUUACAAGAUUGGAUAGACCACGGAGAGCCGAACGUGUUUUGGCUGUCUGGAUUCUACUUCACUCAAUCUUUCUUGACGGGCGUUCUUCAGAAUUUCUCCAGAAAGGAGCAUUAUCCCAUCGAUUUCGUUCAUUUUGAAUUCAGCGUCAGCGAAUACGAGGCGGAAACCGAAAAUAUGGCUCCAAUUUUGGGCGUGUAUUGUCGGGGCUUGUUCAUGGAAGGAGCCAGAUGGGACAGAAAAUUGAAACGAAUAAACGAGUCCUUUUCUAAAAUACUUUUCGACACCAUCCCCAUACUGAUCCUGAAACCCGCUCUGAUAGCCAAUUUCGUCCCGUAUCCCAUGUACAAAUGCCCGGUGUACAAAACGAGCGCCAGACGAGGAGUGUUGGCGACCACGGGGCAUUCGUCGAAUUUCGUCAUGUUUAUCUUGCUGAAUUCGAAUAUGCCGGAGAAGCAUUGGAUUAAUCGCGGCGUCGCCUCGCUCUGUCAACUCGACGAUUAAUAUUCCGGUAUGAAUUUUUAAAUUUAUUU